GUUUAACACGUAGCCGGCGCUGUUUGGGUUCAGUAGCUUCAACAAUGGAUAAAAAAAUGGAGACGGGUGAUUUGGAAAUGCGUCUCCAGGCCCUGGAGGGUCGUAUACACGGCGGGAGGAGGAACAGGAGUGUAAAACCCGCCAAGUGUGCCGAGUCUUUGACCAGGAUUCAGGCGGGUCUGACCAAUACGGCCAACAAGAGAGAACGAGUAAAGAUCCUGCACAAGAAGAUUGAGGACCUGCUGAAGUAUCUGGACCCCCAGUUCACAGACCACAUCGCUGUACCUGACGCCAUGAAGCUGGAGUUCAUUCUCGCUGAGGAGGACUUUCUGCUUUCCCAGGCUGCUUUGCUGGAGCAGGUCAGCAACUUGCAGCCACUUCUGGACAGCACCUACAUCAGAGAUGUACCAGAACACGCCACCAAGCUGCAGCGCCUGUCACAGAUUCACAUCAAAGAACAGGAUCAAACUGAGGCUCAGUCACAGGAAGUGAAGAAGCUUUUUGAGGAAUACAACAAAAUGAUGUUCCUGCUGUCCAAGCAGUUCACCCAGUGGGACGAGACCCUGAGGAAGCUGGAAGAGGCCAAGGGCAUUCGGCCUGUGGAGUAGCGACCGUCAACGCACGCUGAUGAGGAUUGGUGACGAUGAAGAAGACUUCACUGUGAUGGGAGCUUUAGAUUAGAUCAGGUGUUCAAUAUGUAGCUUGUUUUUCCCCAAUAAGUCAGAACAAAAGUCAGAAGACAGAAGGAUCGCAACAUUUUACUGUUUUGUUUUUAACUGCUAAUUAACUCGACACCUGAAUUUAGUUGAAUCAGGCGUCUGAUUCCCUAAUUGCCUGAUUCAAAGAUUGAAACACAGUUGAUCUGCGGGUCCAAUACAAGUUCAUAUGUCUUGUGAAAUAGAUUUCUUUGUGGUGGUGGAGGAAAAUAAAGUCAAUUUUAUUAACCACCAGUACCUGCACGUGUGUGGACCCACCAGGAAAUCUGACCGAGCAGGUCUUCAAACGUUUUUAGAAAUGAACAAAGAGUGUCUGUUGUUAUGGUUACAGACCAAUGUGUCCCCCAGCUGAUGUACCAGUAAUACUGUACUGCUCAUAAAAACCCAGUCAUUCAGUAAAACAGGACUGGAUUGGAGGAAAUGUAAAAUGUGAAGAAACUCUGUCUCAUGUGACUCUUCGUCAGCCGUCUGGAGGAACUCGCUCCCAUCACGUGACUUGUGGCUCAGAGAUGCUGCUGUUAUUUAUUUUCAGACAACAGAGCUUUUUAUGCUCACAUAUUUACUCAACUUGUAACACAUUCCAACAUCCCUACUCCUUACCCUACAUCACUCUCUCUGACACAUACAUCCCCUUCAAGGCUUUAUAUUUUCCCUCUGGAUGCCUCCUUACAUGACUGUCAUUCAUUUUUCUUUCCAGUCUGGUUUUAAAAUGUUAAAUAUGUCUCCUGUGUCUAGAGCAUGGCUGCAGUUAUUACAAUAAAUAUUACAACUUUUUUCUUUGACUA